AUGUUAUUUAUUUUAAUUUUACAUAUAUACAUACUGAGUACAUAGGCCUCAAUUCUUUAAAUUUAAGAACUACUCUUUAAAUUAUCAUAAGUAUGACAUUUCAAUUAUCUCAGAAACUAACUUAAUUUGAUUAAAAAAAUGAUCAAGAUAUCUUUAAGUAAUUAGAUGAUAAUAUCUCUUUUGAAGAUAUUCUUAUCCCUUAUACUUAUUAAUGUUUUACAGAUUAUAAUUACUUGAAUAAUUUAUUAGAAAUCAAUGAUCCUUAAUUGCAAUUUUUAGUUUUAGCAUCUGGAUGCAUAAUUGAUCAUUAAUAUAUAGAAAUAAAAGAUGGUUUUACUUAGAUUCAAUAACUUGAAAUUAAAUUUGGAUAUUAUUUAAGAUAAACCCAAAAUGAAUUACUUAUUUUAGCAUUUCGACCUUUUUUUCAUAAAUCUUAUCUCCCUCAUUAAUGUAGAUUUGAUGGCUUUAGCAAUUAAUGUAUAAAAAGUAAUAACGAUCAUUUAUUAUAACUUGGACAAAGUUGCGAUACAGUUUAUUUUGAUAUAUUUUGUUAAACGUAACAGUUUGACUAUUUUGGAACUUUGAAAGUCUUCAUUAAAGAGUACCAUAUUAUUGUAAUUUUUAUUUUGCUUAAAUAUUCGGAGCAAUUAAUUAAACUUAAAUAAGAAUAAAUUUAUAGAGUUUAAAUUAUAAUUUCUUCUAUUGUUUUCCUUCUUGUUUCUAAUUGGCAAUUUAUAGUUAUUGUUUCAAUUAUGAGAAAUUUAUAACAAUUAAAUUAAAACAAAAGUUAUUUUUAAUUAGAACAGCUAAUAUUAUUCUUGACUUUAUUUUAAGUCUAUUCUAAUUAUUUAAUAUAAUUAGGGUCAUUUAAUGUUGAACAAUCCAUUGCUGAAACAAUUAUAUAUAUUUAUGUAAUUCUAUUCCUGUUUUAAGUCCUAAGUAUCUUUAUUUUUAAAAGAAUUUCAUUACUAAUAAUACUCUAUUUAGUCUAAUAUUAUUUUGAAUACAUCAAAGCUAUGAUUAAAUUAAAUACUUUAGUUGAUAAUAACUUUAAAUUAGGGAUGGUUUUUUUAAACAUUUUAAUUGGAAAUUUACAAGAGUUAGAUGCAUUUACAUUUAUUCAAUUUAAAGAUUCAAUAUUACAUGUUUUAUUAGGCAGUAGAUUAUAAUAUUUUAAUUAUGUAUAUACUACAAUUUUACUAAUAAUGUUAAUAAAUAAUGGACAUUAACAACUCAAAUUAUAAAAAAAAUCAUAAAAAUACAAAAAAUUAAGGUAUUUAUUUGAAUGUGUUGCUUAAAUUCAGCUUUCCUUUCUAUAUUUACCUUUAGUAAUAAUUUUAACUUUGUUAAAUAAAUUCUAAAAUUAUCAAUACACAAUAAUUUGUUUAGAGAACUUUUUCUUAUUUUGGAUUUAUUUUUUUUAUUUUCCAGUAGAUUUCCCUUUUAUGUCCUUGUCUUUCGGAUUUUUAUCACUUUUAUUGGAUUCUAAUGAACUGUUUUAUUACAUUUAUGUGGAAAUAAAAAAUAUAGGAAAGGAAAUAAAAUUUGAUGAUUUAAAAGUGGCUAUAUUAUAUUCAGAUUUUAAAUAACUAAUGAAAUUUUGA